AUGAUGAAAAUCCUUUUUGAAUAGAUUGAAGAUUUAUAGGAGAUUUUAGCUACCCCAAAAGAUAUUGAUAAAUAAGUAUUCAACAUGAUAAUUGAAAUUUUCAGAAAGGAAAAAAUAUCAGAUUGUCUUGAAUUUCUUUAAAAUGAUGAAAAUCAUAGGCAUUGUGGAAGAAAACUGUUACAAGUAGAGAAUUUAUAAAUAGUUGAUAAAGAAUUGAAGUUAAAUCUUGUAAGAAAUAACAUUAAGUUAAUUACUAAAGCUCUCAAAAAAUUAAAGAUCAUGAUUUUAAUUAAAAUGACUAUUCCACUUAAAAAUACCUUAAAACUAAACAGGAAUUAAUUAAGAAAAUAGAAAAAGAUUAGAUGA